UUACUUUAGGCUGAAAAUCAGCUCUUUAUUCUUACCUUGUUUUUUCAGCUCUUGGUAGGAUUUUUAAGUUGCUAUGAAAAAACAAAGAUUAGGAAAAGCACUAUAAAAGUAAAAACAUGAAUUUCAGCGCCGUGAACAAGUAGCUAAAAACGUUAUCUCUCUUAAAGAGGUAAAUAAAAAAUUAAAAAAAAACUUUUAUUUGCUAUAAAGUGAUAAAUACUCGGACUAGUUAUGUUUUGUCAAGGUACAUAGCGUGCGUGUUGUUGCUAUGGUUACCUCUUCAUGGGAACGCGGCGUCUCGCGAGCGUCUUUAACACAAUGGUUUGCGGACUUUAAUCUAACUUUUGGGAUAACUGGAUAUGUGUUAGAAAAUGCUGUUGAGAUGAACAUCCUAUGCAGUCAUGUGUAAAAUGAACAUACCGUUUUAAGAGACCCCUCUCCUUAACAUUCAAGCCAAUAAUGAGAGGAACAGACCUCACAGCAUGAAGUAAAUGACGGAGGUCUGGAGAUGGUCUGCAGUGAGGGGGUACUGGACGUCUGCCUUGCCAGGUAGCCUGUUUCUUUCCCUCGCUUUAUUCACUCACACACUUUCCCUCCGCAUCACACACACACAGGAAGCAGAAUUUCCACAUUCCAGCCUGUGUUGUGUUGAUCAGGACACACCCAGCGCGCGCGCACACACACUGUACAGUAGAGAGCGAUGGGACUGCUGCUCUAAGCGCUUUGUGUUGAGGUGAUCUGAAUGAAUGACAGUUCCACCAACACAUCACAAUAAUGACACGUGAAGGACUUGUCCUUUUAUGCUGGCUGGUGAUUCUUCAAAUGGUGCAUGUGACUGAAGGAAGCGCUAAGGAAUGUGGGUGCCCAGCUGCCAGCAUUUUGUCUCACUUUCCAUCUGAGGUACCCAAUGACACUUGCUGCUUGAACUACUCAGGAUCCACAUUCAACCAGGUGACCUGGGCUGCUUUUUUGUCACAUAAACACUUGCAGGUUUUGGACCUGACUAACUGUAAUAUCAGUCACAUUGAUCACAGUGAGGUCGGUGAUGCUGUCAUUUUAUUGAGAGAGCUGUAUCUUAGCCAGAACAGACUGACAUCACUCCCAGCUGACUUUCUAGCUAAAGCCUAUAGUUUGGAAGUGCUGGAUCUAGGAGUAAAUCAUCUGAAACAUCUGCCCGCGCAAUUUCUGCAGAGCUCGAACAAAUUGCGAGAGCUGAUCCUGGGAUGGAACCAGCUGAGUGCUCUACCUCAUUCAGUGCUUAAGCCUUCGCUAGAGCGUCUGGAGCUCAUCAGAAACCCCUGGGCCUGCACAUGCUCUCUUUGGGAGGGUCUUGAAGGUGGUCUGCAUGACAACUCCAGCAGCCUUCAUGACCUCGUAGGUAAUCUGACCUGUGCCUCUCCUCAGAAUCUUGCAGGACGGACGGUUUGGUCUUUGCAGACCAGUGACGUGUGCCAUUUGGCCAACCUGACCGCUCUCUUCAUCCUGCUUCCCCUGUUCCUCCUCCUCAGUUUGGUGCUCUGCUGGUGCUGUGGGAGGAAGAAGAAGAGGAAAGAGAGCUCAUCGUUCAGCCCGACUCGCACAAGAUCCAACAACUCCCAUUGCAACGGACGGUGGCCACAUGCCAAACUGCCCACUGGGGAGUCAGCAGUGUCUGUAGAUGGUGGAAAGCAGGUCAUACUGAAGAACCAUCUGAUGCUUCAGCCCUCAUCUGACUUGAUGGACAGCACUCGUGAUAUUUAUGAAGAGGUGGAGAUCAAACUGGGCUCUGUGGACUCUCUGGCCCCUCCGCCAUCCACUUGCUCAACAGAAGGGACUGCGGGAAAGCAGGACCUGGACACGGUGAGUGUGAGCGAAGUGAUGAAGGACUCAGCCGAUCGGGAGAAGGCAUACCUGACCCAGUCCACUGAAUACUACAGCCUGGUUCCCGGGAUUGAAAUCGAGGACUCCGAUCAUGGAGAGUAUGAAAGUGUGGACCUCUCGUGAUUUGAUUGACACACUCAGAGAUGCUAUCAAGUACACUGGAGUUUUGUCAAGUCUGAAGGUGCAGUCACAUUUACCGUUUGCUUGGUGAAAUUUCAUGGGGGAAUCCAAUCAUUCUAAUAAGAAUCCGCAAAGAAGUUUUGCGUGAGGGUGUAACAGACUGCUCAUGUUCAAAUUGACGACAUAAAUUCUCCUCACUGACCAACAGAAAGUGACAUCUGUGUGAGCAGCACUAUUGACAAUGGACCACACAAAAUUUAGCUGAAAUUUCACUAAUGUGACAGCACCUUCAGUCAGGACGUUUUCCCUUUGGUUGCAAAUGCACAAUGAACAUUGGUGUUAAAGGAAGUCACUGCAUCAGUCCAAAGCCAUUAUUUUUGCAUACAACGGGAAUGAUUUAUUGUACUGAUAAAGUCUCAAAUGGAGCUGUUUGCAGACUCAGUCUGUUGCCAAGAUAAGCUAUCAUAUAGCUGUCACCUGGAUAUUUUCAUUAUAUUGAGAUUUUUAUAUCUUCGUCCUCUACUGUAAUUUAGAUGGAAGUUUUAUCAUUGUAAUAUUACUUUGUGUUUCACCUUCAGUUACAGUGUUUAGUGUCAAUGUAAAAUGUAUUUGGUGUCACACAUAACUUAUAACUAACAUCGUGAAGAAGAAAAGUAACAGUAGAGAGCAAGAGAACAUUAAACAGAACACAGUCCAGCCUCUGGUCUUUAUCUUAAGUAAUCAAAUCUGCUAAAAUUUGAUGUAUGAUGGACUUAAAAUUUCUCUCCUACAUAGAAUUUUGGAGGGUCACUGUUUAUGUAACUAUGUAAAUGUUGAAUACUCUGACUAUUUAGUCAAUAGUAGCUAGCCUCAGUUGGCCAUAGCUGAUGGAAUCAUUAUUUUGGCCUUGUUAAUAAUUAAUUUACUCUUAGCGAGUUAAAAACGUGUAUAAUCAAAUAAACAGAAACCGCUAUACUGGUAAAAUGAAGUGGCUCUCAGAUAAGAUCAGGCUGACUCAGUAAGUAAAAAGCAGAUUUUGAUGGAAAGCCUAAAUAAAGCAGGAGAGGUUGUACACCAUACAGAACAAAUAACACUCAACUUUUACCUAUAAAAUGACUUUUACUGUCUUUUGUUGAUUGCAAUAAUGCUGAUAUUAAAUAAAAUAUAAAUAUUAAAUGAAAAUUGUAAACUUUAAAAACUUGGCAUUGAACUGAAAUAAAAUAGGUUUAAGAUGAAGUACUAAAAUUACUAAAACUAAAACUGAAAUAAAAAAAAAUAAUUAAAACUAAACAGUAAUAUUAUAAAACUAAUAAAAAUGACAGAAGUGCAUAAAACAUCAAAUGAAAUUAAAAUGAAAACAUUAAAACUAUAUUACAUACAAUUAAUACAAUAACAGUAUAUAAGUACUACAAUAACACUGACAAAAUGACAAAUCUAGUCCAAUUUCUAACCAGGCCAGCAACAAAAAUGAUGGUCAAACAACACUGAAGUGCACAUCUUGGGUGCAUAUGAGUUACACUGGAUGAAUUUAUUAUGAUAAUUUGUGACAUUAUCAAACAAGCCUGAAAAGGAGAGAUUAUUUUUAAUUCUUGGCUUCAAAUAAAUGCUUUUUUUCACGUAAUUGUUGUUUUGCAUGUUUCUGAGAUUUUUAACUCUUUCAUUGUUAAUUAAUUGGACUACAGGCUCUAAUCAUUGGUUGUUUAACUGAAAUUGUGAAAACAUUUCAGAUGUGUUAAUCAUACUCAGUCAUAAGGGACCAAGUAUGAAAUGAAUAUAGCCCUUCCAGAGUCUCAUACUGGCCUUCACAAGAUCUGCUUCUGUGUCCCCAUAAGGACCCGGCCCAUUCUGAAAUCACUCAACAGUAACAGAAAGCCAGCUCUGAUUUCCUCCUGUGUGGGAGUUUGUAAUUAUAUCAUUGGGUUACUCUGUCCCUCACAGACAUCUCUGCCUGCCCUGCUGUGGGACACAGUGUUAUAUUGUGGGCUCUGUGGGCACUUUAGAGUUGUGAAAUUUCUAUUUUAAUCCUUGCUUGGAUUAAACAAAAGCUUGUUCUUUUAUUUAGAGGCAAUCUAAUUAUUUAAACCAUCACUGCAAUUAUGAACAUGCCUUUAUUUAAUUUAUUAGUGCAUAUACACAAUUGUCAAAGUUUUGCAAAUUUUAGCAAAUACAUCAAUUUAGGGAUUACCAUAAGGGUUUUGCUUAAACAAAAAUGUAAAAUUAUGUUUCCUGAACUAAGAUAGCCCUUCAACGGAGAUUAUUUUUUUAUGAUAAGAAAACAUGUUCCUUUAAGAAUAAAAAGUUCUCAUAUA